AUGUCAAAACCAUUUCCGAUAGGAUCAUUCUACAAUGUUUUAUUUUACUCAAUCAUCUCUACUGUUGCCAUUUUCCUUCUCAUCUUCCUCAUUUUAAUCUACAAAUACGAUCUUCUCUCUGACUUUACAGUUAUGCCUUUUGAAAUUUCAAAUGAAACUUUUGUUUUCAUUCCUUAUAAAGGAGACUAUGGAAAGAUGAAUCACCUGUUUAAGAAAAUACAGAAAGACUAUUCAUCAAUAGCUAGUGGGAAUGCUAGGAUGUGUACUGUGUAUUACGACCACACGAGCAAGAAGGAAAAUGCUGGUAGGGCCGUUAUUGGUGUGCUAGCCAAAAGAGAUGAUAAUGCUAAUGAACAAAUAGUCAGCAAAAUGAACAGGCUGGGGUACACUGACACUUUCCAGUUUGAAAGAUUAAAGGUGGUUGGAACUGCAUUUCCACUCUACAGUUUCCUUAAUAUUUUAUUCGGGCUGUUCCGAGGAUUACCAAUGGUACAAAAAUACUUGAAAGAAAAUAAAAAGAAAGACCAUGGCAGCAAGGCCAGUCUGAAUGUGUCUGAUGACUAUCCAAUUAUCCACAUCUAUGACUAUUGCCUUCACAAAUAUAUCAUCGCAGUUCCACUGAAAGAUUCAAUGAUACCUCAAUUUGACAAGCUAUACGAGAGUCAUAAAGACAAAUAA